GGUUCUGUUCUCUUAUCCAUGGUCCUAUUCGAUAAACAAACUGAAGUGGCUGCUCUCACGACUAAUCUAAAACUCAGUAACUCCCCACUACCCCGCACAGAGGUGGACAGUCGCCUUGCUACCUUGUUAAUUCGCCAAAAGCUCCGACUCAUAGUGGCUUUGCAGUUGUUGGACUACAAACUGUACAAACUUAAGGUGACGUCAUCUCCUGUCGCCGCCUCAUCGUCUGACAGACAACAUCGGACAACAUUCAAAACAUUUGGCGGUGAAACUAGCGGACUGCUGUGUUCACUGCAAUGGCUCCUCUCAAAUUUGUCAUUAAGUGUGGGAACUUUGCUGUGCUGGUGGAUCUCCACGUUCUGCCCCUGGGCGGCCAAGAGGACGCCAGCUGGUUUACUACAGACCACAUCGAGGAGGUUACAGCCCUGGUUCGUGAUGCUGUGGACCAGAGGGUUAAGCAGCACACAGAGUACCUCCACAAUAGAAGACAGCCCAAACAGAAGAAGGAGCUGGCAUCUGCUUCAGCUUUCUUUGUGAAAGGGAAGAACUUCAACCUGGUCGCCAAUUUUCUGAAGCGGCACUUAAACCUCAGAUGUAUUGUCAAGCAGCUCUAUGGGGAUUUGCGUGUGUUUCCCGAACGCUAUGUUGUGUGUGUGAGCUGUCCAGAGGAUGCCUCAGCGCACCAUGGAAACCCAAGUCUGGCCGCGACUGAAUUGAGCGAACAAAGCCGAUCGGAAUAUUUUUCCAGAGUUGGAGAAACCCAAGAGCCUUUAAACUGCCCCGCAAAAACAAAGAAGACGGUACUUCAAAAGAUAGCCAAACAAGCUAGUGUCCAACAAGAGCUCUAUGUUUCCAGUAUGGGGGAGCAGCAGAUGGACCAGAGAGCCUGUCCCAAAAAGCAAAGAGGGGAGCUUAAGGCUGGAGAAUCAGAAUUCAGCUCUGGAUGGAAGGCUCUCCCAGAGGCAGACCACACGGUGCCUUGCCCCGGUACUUUAAAUGAAGCCAUGGCACAGAUUGGGACUACUCAAAGGCAGGGUCUGACCCAGGAGCAGCAGACUGAGAACAGUCCUCCAGACAGCAUCAGCCCAAAUGGGGCGUCAGUAGUUUCCUGCCAACAUGAAAUCAGUCAGGAGACAAGAAAGAGCAAGAGGUGCAAGUCGAGCGAUGCAGGGGAAGACCCUCGCCCACAGAGGGCCAAGAGGACAUGCCUUGGAAGACCUCCAGCCACAAUGCAAACCCAAUCCACCGAGUGCUCCACACAAACAUCCAGGCAUGACCUUCUUCCUCUGCCGCCCCUUCCUCUAGUCGAAGCCAAGGCAGAGUCCAAGGCUUUCCCUGUCUCCGAGCGCAAGAAAACCACACUGGAAGUAGAGCUGCUUACUCCAGGGAAACGGGCCCAGAGGCUCCCCCUCACAAGCAAUAACACGGCACAGACAAACCAAAACAGCCUGGCCGCAAGUCUGAGGGGCCUAUCUGUCAAGCCUGCAUCCUCAGGCUCCUCUAUUAGUUCCAGAUCCACACUCGGAGAGGAGGGGAGUGAAAAUGUGCCCAGAACCUCUAGAUUACGACGACUGAAGAGGUCCUGAAGGGGAGAGACAAGCUACAGUAAAGAUGCCUGACGCCACAGAGAUAGAGAUGAUAUCAUGUCAGGCUACAUGUUUUCCUCACAUGACAUGCAUUUGUACACGUGUCACAUUUUUUUUACUAAAAUAUCUAUUCUUUUCACAUGUGCUGUACAUACAGUGCACACACACACACACACACACACACACACACACACACACACACACACACACACACACACACAUACAUACUUUCACAUUCACAGAUCAAAUGCUGAACACAUUAUGGCAAUUGAUACAUGAGCGUUUGAGUUACGCUUUGUCAAAUACUUGAAACAGACUUUGCCUCCACCCAUAAGUAGUGGUGGUCAAGAGAGGCUCGCAAAUGAAAGUCAAAAACCUUUAAUUGGAGUUUAGAUUUGGUUUUGUGUUAAAGAUUGGGGAUUUCAGACAGGCAGGAGCCAUGCAGUACG